AGUUGUGUAGUCUCAUACGUAUAUAUUGUUGGACGAUUGUUGUUCCUCUAACGCUCUCCGACGUUGGAAAUAGUGAGUUUAAGUGGUUGUUCUCGUCUACCCGCACAUUGCAUUCCUUUCCGUUUUUUUUUCUUUUUACGAGACGACAGGCCGCCGUUGAGUCUGUCCAUUCUUAUCAAACGUUUCCUUUGCCUUCUCUUUACCCACGAAAGUCGCAUCCACCUGUGUUAGCGAGGGAGUUUCUGUCUUGAGCACUUCACCGUGACCCUGUUCUCGUCGUUCGUCUACCAAAGAAAGCACGCACGCACCCCCACCCCUCUCUCACACACACACACGUACGAAGCUCUUUGCCGCCAUGGACUUUAACAUGAUGACUGGCGGUGGUCGCGGCAUGGGCCGUCAAGCCGAAAUGCAAGACGCGCGCGAUACAUCGGAAACGAUUCAGAUCUCAUCGAUUGCGCUGCUAAAGAUGCUCAUUCACGGCCGGGCGGGUGUGCCGCUGGAGGUGAUGGGUCUCAUGAUUGGGGAGGAAAUCGACGAUUACACGAUUCGGGUGGCGGAUGUCUUCUCCAUGCCGCAGACCGCCACAGGGCAGUCCGUCGAGGCGGUGGAUCCAGAGUACCAGGUGCACAUGCUGGACAAGCUGAAGCUGGUGGGCCGCCACGAGAACGUGGUGGGCUGGUAUCAUAGCCACCCCGGCUUCGGCUGCUGGCUGUCCUCGGAGGAUGUGAUGACCGCCGCGGGUUACGAGAACUUGACGCCGCGCAGCGUCUCCGUCGUGGUGGAUCCUAUUCAGUCCGUGCGUGGCAAGGUGGUGAUCGACGCCUUCCGCACCAUUCCGCAGGACAUGCUGUCGAUGCGGGCGAUGGGCGAGUACGUGGAGCCGCGGCAGGUGACGUCCAACAUCGGCUUCUUGUCGAAGCCCUCCGCUGUUGCCCUCUCGCACAACCUCAAUCGUCAGUAUUACAACCUGCCGGUGACGUUCCGCAAGAAGAACCAUGAGCUGCGGCUGCUGCUCAACGUCUACCGCAAAGGGUGGCAAGAGGGCUUCAAGUUGGAGCAGGCGAAGGUCUACCAGCGCGAGACCCGCACCAGCAUCCGCGAGCUCAUAUCGCUUGCGAAGCAGGCCGAGAAGUACAUCACGCAGGGCCGCGACGAGGACGAUCUUGGCAACGUGGGUCAGAUCAACACCAUGUCGCACCUGCAGAUGGAGGCGGAGAGCGUGAUUCACCGCAACCUGAACCAGUCUAUCGGUGCGAUGAUCAACGCUGUUGUCUUUUAA